AACACAGAUCUGUUUGAGAUGAUUGAAAAGAUGCAGGGCAGCAGGAUGGAUGAACAGCGAUGCUCCUUCCCGCCACCCCUCAAAACGGAGGAGGACUACAUUCCCUACCCAAGUGUCCAUGAGGUUCUGGGGCGAGAAGGGCCCUUCCCCCUCAUCCUGCUACCCCAGUUUGGGGGCUACUGGAUUGAAGGCACCAACCAUGAGAUCACCAGCAUCCCUGAGACAGAGCCUCUGCAGUCCCCCACCACCAAGGUCAAAUUGGAGUGCAACCCCACAGCGCGUAUCUACCGGAAGCACUUUCUAGGCAAGGAACACUUCAAUUACUAUUCUCUGGACACUGCUCUUGGCCACCUGGUCUUCUCUCUCAAGUAUGAUGUCAUCGGGGAUCAAGAGCACCUGAGGCUACUGCUUAGGACCAAGUGUCGGACCUACCAUGAUGUCAUCCCCAUCUCCUGCCUCACUGAGUUCCCCAAUGUGGUCCAGAUGGCAAAGCUGGUGUGUGAAGAUGUCAACGUGGAUCGAUUUUACCCUGUGCUCUACCCCAAGGCAUCCAGGCUCAUCGUCACCUUUGAUGAACAUGUUAUCAGCAAUAACUUCAAGUUUGGAGUCAUUUAUCAGAAGCUGGGACAGACAUCCGAAGAGGAACUCUUCAGUACCAAUGAGGAAAGUCCUGCCUUCGUGGAGUUCCUUGAGUUUCUGGGCCAGAAAGUCAAAUUGCAGGACUUCAAGGGGUUCCGAGGAGGCCUGGAUGUGACUCACGGACAGACAGGGACCGAGUCCGUGUACUGCAACUUCCGCAACAAGGAGAUCAUGUUUCACGUGUCCACCAAGCUGCCAUACACAGAAGGGGACGCCCAGCAGUUGCAGCGGAAGCGGCAUAUCGGGAACGACAUCGUCGCUGUGGUCUUCCAGGACGAGAACACGCCCUUCGUGCCGGACAUGAUUGCAUCCAACUUUCUGCAUGCCUAUGUAGUGGUGCAGGCAGAGGGAGGCGGCCCCGAUGGCCCCCUCUACAAGGUCUCUGUCACCGCGAGAGACGAUGUGCCCUUCUUUGGGCCACCCCUCCCGGACCCUGCUGUGUUCAGGAAGGGGCCUGAGUUCCAGGAAUUUCUGCUGACGAAGUUGAUCAACGCUGAGUACGCUUGCUAUAAGGCAGAGAAGUUUGCCAAACUGGAGGAGCGGACGCGUGCUGCCCUUCUGGAGACGCUCUACGAGGAACUCCAUAUCCACAGCCAGUCCAUGAUGGGCCUGUGUGGCGACGAUGAUAAGAUGGAGAAUGGCAGCGGUGGGGGCGGCUUCUUCGAGUCUUUCAAGAGGGUCAUCCGGAGUCGGAGCCAGUCCAUGGAUGCCAUGGGACUGAGCAACAAGAAACCCAACACCGUGUCUACUAGCCACAGUGGGAGUUUCACCCCCAACAACCCUGACCUGGCCAAGGCAGCUGGAAUAUCCCUGAUUGUCCCUGGGAAGAGCCCCACAAGGAAGAAGUCUGGUCCAUUUGGCUCCCGCCGCAGCAGCGCCAUUGGCAUCGAAAACAUCCAGGAGGUGCAGGAGAAGAGGGAGAGCCCUCCAGCUGGCCAGAAGACCCCAGACAGCGGGCAUGUCUCACAGGAGCCCAAGUCAGAGAACUCUUCCACCCAGAGCUCCCCGGAGAUGCCCACGACCAAGAACAGGGUGGACACGGCUGCCCAGAGAGCGGAAGCAUUGCAAGGCUUCUCCAGGUCCUCAUCCAGUGCUAGCAGCUUCGCCAGCGUGGUGGAGGAGACAGAAGGUGUAGACGGGGAUGACACAGGCCUGCACAUGGCUGGACGACAGUGUGAGCACCACGAGCGGGGGCAGCUCCCCAGUGAGGUGGCUCCCUCCUGCCCCCUUUUCCAGGCCUCACGCGCUCACCCCACCCAGACGCCGGCAAGUUGGGGGACCCUGCGUGUCCCGAGAUCAAGAUCCAACUGGAAACAUCUGAGCAGCACACACCCCAGAUGGGCUGCUAGCUGCCACCUCAUCAGAAGGCGGGACUGAGAAGGUCAGCCAGUACUUACCUGAUCCUGUGGGGUAGAGGAGGGGAGUCUCAGGCCUUGGUGGCUGGGGGCCUGGUCUGGUCUUAGUGCCUCUUGGCCUCAGUUUCCCUGUAUGUGCAGUGGG